CGGAGCCCGCAGUAGUGCUGAAACUUUCACUGUGUCUCCCUCAUUCUCGUUCAUCAGAAUGUUUGUACUUAUAUUAUCUAUAGCAAUAUGUUUAGUUUUACUUUUGCUAGCCAUUCAAACUAUCUGUCGGCAGUUCGAGCAGCUUCCGGGUCCUCGAGAAUGGCCACUGGUCGGAAGCAGUCUGGAAUUUGUGAACCUUAGUCCCGUGGCCAUAUUCGACCUGUUGCGGCACUAUUCGCGGACCUACGGGAGAGCGUACAAGAUCAGCUUCGGAUACGAGUACACCCUGGUGUUCUCCAAGCCGGAAAUCGCAGAGAAAAUCCUCAACACCCAAUCGUACGCCACGAAAUCGGAAGACUACGACAAGGUGGCCGAAUGGAUCGGUUACGGGCUGCUAAUAUCUCGGGGUGAGAAAUGGUUCACUCGGCGCAAAAUCCUCACUCCGGGCUUCCACUUCAAGAUCCUGGAGAGCUUCGUCCGUGUUUUCGGAGAACAGAGCGAUGUGCUCUGCUCGAAGUUGGGAUCCUUUAGCGGGGCCGAAGUCGACGUAUUCCCCAACCUUAAACUGUUCACCCUGGACGUUUUGUGUGAAACGGCGCUCGGAUAUCGGUGCAAUGCCCAGACCCAAAAUUCGUUCUACCCGUUGGCCGUCGAAGAGCUCGCCUCGAUUUUAAACUGGCGGUUUUUCAACUUAUAUGCGAGUUUCGAUGUGAUUUUCAAAUUCACGAAGGAGAGCAAAAGAUUUCGGCAGCUGAUUAAGGAAACUCACGAUUUCACCUUGAAUAUCAUUUCUCAGAGGAGGAAAUCAUUGGAGGAGGAGAAAUCGAGGAUUGUUGAUCGUCCGGAAGAGGAGAACGAAAAUAGUUACGGAGCUCGUCGGAAGAUGGCUCUUCUUGAUAUACUUCUACAGGCCACUGUCGAUGGAAAACCGCUCUCGGAUGAGGACAUUCGGGAGGAAGUCGAUACGUUCACCUUUGCUGGUCAUGAUACUACAGCGUCAGCACUUACCUUUCUUUUGUACAACAUUGCAAAGCACCCGGUAGUUCAACAGAAACUCUAUGAUGCAGUUUGCAGUGUAGUCAAAAAUUCUAAGCAUCUUGAUAUAAGCACUCUGAACAACCUACCCUAUCUGGAUUUGGUGAUCAAAGAAACGCUCCGUCUCUUUCCUCCGGUUCCGAUGAUUGCAAGACUGGCAACGGAAAACACCACAAUCGAGGGUAUGAACAUUCCGGUAAAAACUUGCGUGUGCAUUGACAUCUACGGUAUGCAUCGUGAUCCCGAACACUUCGAGUAUCCAGAACAGUUCAAUCCAGAAAGAUUUGCCAUCUCUCGGGACGCUGAGAAAUCUCAUCCCUUCACCUACAUUCCUUUCAGUGCCGGAAACAGGAACUGUAUUGGUCAAAAGUUCGCCCAAUACGAGUUAAAAACAGCAGUAAUCAAACUGCUAGAGGCAUUCCGCCUGGAACUUCCCACCCCGAAUUUCGUACCAACCCUAAAGUCGGAGAUCGUUCUCAAGCCGGCCGAAAAACUGCCGAUGAAAUUCAUUGCACGUUCAACAAAUAAAUCCUCUCCAUAGUUUAUUUCUCGAAAAUCUCUUCAUAGUUCUCGAUCAUGGUCACGAUACACUCCCGCGGAACAGCACUCACCGCCUCGAACCGUUCCGGACACACGUCGGAUAGGGUUUCAUUGAACACGCAGGAACUGAGCAGGAUGCCGAGGCUGCGAGUGUCCAUUUCGUUCUCCUCGUGUGAGGCGACUCUGCAAAUAGGAGAGAAAUUAAACUUUUAAACCUGAAACGAAACUAAACUUUUUUAAUUACACAAAUGUCGACUAGGA